AUGAUUUCGCAUCACCAGCAAAAGAAGCUGCGGGAUUCAUCGCCAACCAAUUCCUCUGCAAAGUAUCCCAAUCCGCCCGUCAUGCCGCCCUUCCCGCCCUCCUGCGCCGUCCGCGGCCUCUCAGCCCGCGCAUUCUCAACUUCAGCCUCAAAAUGCGCUCCCCGCGAUCCUCUCCUCCACCGCCCCUCCUCCAGCAGCAGCCUCCUCUCCAUCAACAACAACCCCGGCCCUUCGCGAUCCCCCGGCCAGCCCCCGCGCACGGCGGCGAACAAUCCCGGCGACGUCGCUGCGAACUUGAUGACGCGGUUCAAGCGCGACGGACAGAUUACCCAGAGGAACAAGCAGGCGAACAUUGAGCUGCUGCGGAACCAGAAGAACUCGAAUGAUUACUUGAGGCAGAUGCCGCGGAGGUGGGAUGCGGGAGAUGUCUACUCGCCGCAUGAUAUGAGCCCCGUGGAGAUGCAGAAGUGGAGGAAGAGGUCGCCUCGUGGCGGAGAUGUGAUUGAUGCGCUGGGAAUUCGACCGUUGGACAUGUACAAGGCAUGUUUUCUUCUUUCUUCUUUGGUCUCUGAAAGAGAGGAGGGGGCAAUUGGCUAA